AUUGGUCAGGACGGAUUGAGUAAACCAGUUCGUGAUGAACGUAGCCCUUUGGUCUCUGUGGCCGACACUCCAGAGCAACAUGAAGACCACCGGGUCGACGCCAGCGGCGAACGGGAAUUUGGUGGUGCGGUGGGAGUAAGUUGUAUGAUGAUCGGCUUCCCUCUUCUCAUGUACUACAUGUGGAUUGGCGCGACUUUCUACUCUGGACACUUGCCUUCGCGCUCUCCUGAACAAUCUUGGAGUGCUUUCUUCCAUCAUCUCUGGACUCUGUGCUAUGAGCACGCUUUCCCUCAUGCCAAAGCCUGGACCAUCUACUGGACUUUUCUGAUAUUCGAGGGAGCUUGUUAUCUGUAUAUGCCUGGUGUCUAUGGCAAAGGCAAAAGAUUGCCGAGCUUGAACGGCAAGCAAUUGGAAUACUAUUGCUCUGCUGUGUGGAGUUGGUACACGACCAUCAUUCUUGCGAUCAUCCUCCACGUCUCUGGUCUCUUCCCCCUGUACACAAUCAUUGAUGAGUUUGGCUCCAUCAUGAGUGUAGCCAUCAUUUUCGGUUUCUUGGUCUCCAUCAUUGCAUAUUGGUCUGCUUUGGCUAGAGGAGCCCAACACCGUAUGACAGGCUCCCCCAUCUAUGACUUCUUCAUGGGUGCAGAGUUGAAUCCCAGACUAUUCACCUGGUUGGACUUUAAGAUGUUCUUCGAGGUCAGGAUUCCUUGGUAUAUUCUCUUCUUGACUACACUUGGUGCUUGCGCGAGACAAUACGAAAACUAUGGCUAUGUGUCUGGGGAGGCUUGGUUCUUGCUGAUGGCGCAUUUCUUGUAUGCGAAUGCGUGUUCCAAAGGCGAGGAGUUGAUCAUCACAAGUUGGGACAUGUAUUUUGAGAAAUGGGGCUUCAUGCUCAUCUUCUGGAACCUCGCUGGCGUACCUUUAUCCUACUGUCACUGCACUUUAUAUAUCGCUAACCACGACCCAUCCGAGUACCACUGGAACCCUUAUCUCUUGACUCUGCUAUUUGUUACUUAUCUCUUUGUGUACUGGAUCUGGGAUACCGCCAAUUCACAAAAGAACAUGUUCAGAGCGCAAGAAAGAGGCGUUGCACUGAACAGAAAAACGUUCCCGCAGUUGCCCUGGAAAGCAGUCGAAAAUCCUGUGAGCAUCAAGACGAGGACAGGUGAUUCAAUCCUGUGUGACGGGUGGUAUGGCAAAGCUCGCAAGAUCCAUUACACCUGCGAUCUCUUNUUUGCUCUUUCGUGGGGCGCCAUUACGGGUUUCAAUUCGCCGUUCCCUUGGUUCUACCCCGUCUUCUUUGCUUGCAUGAUUGUGCACAGAGCAAUCAGAGAUAUACAAAAGUGCAGGGCAAAGUAUGGGGAUGCAUGGUCGGAAUAUGAGAAGAGGGUUCCUUGGCUGUUCAUCCCCGCUCCACUCAUCAUGUCAGACUCAGUAAAUAAUCCACAAAUCGUCCUACGGGAAGCCAGGGACGCAAUGAUGGACUUCUACAUUCUUCUCGGUCGAAUGCCUCAUAUGAAGCCAGAGUGUUUGCGGGUCCCUCCUGCGCAAGGCUGGUCUGGCAGUUAUGCUGAAGAUAUGAAGAAACAAGGCUGGUCAGAUGAAGCUGCAGAAUUCACUCGCCAUCUCCCUUUCUUGGCGCCUGGAUUGUAUGGUGCCGAACAUGCUUGGAUUACCUCGAGUUCGACCGCAGUGCCUUUCAAUCAACCAAUAAAUGACUUUUAUCUCUCACGCACUUCAGACGCAGAUCAACCAAAGCCGCCCUAUCUACCACCCCACGUCAUCUACAUAGGUCAAGGCUACAACGCAGCAACGCACUACCUCUUACUAGACACACAGCUGGGGAACAUCACUAGCUACCCCAACUACGGCGGCGACUUCCCACCGCCAAACUUGACCUUUGAGGAAUACGAAGCCCUUGGGCCAGAGCAGAAAUGGAAAGCUCAUCCCACUUUGCCAGUCAAGGCGUUUUUCGAAAAAGAGGCUGUUCGUUUGAGGUGUUUGGUGUACAUGCCUAUGCCUUGCCGUGGCAGAGACCCCAGUUUUCACUUUCGCGCUGAAUGGCCUGUGGAGGAAGAAGCAUUGCUUGCAGUCGAAGAUGAAUUCGAUGCUGAUCAUGAAGUCGAUGACGACUACCUGGAAAACCAAAACGACAAUGAGCAGGAUGCAAUGGACUUGGAAGACUUGAGAUUAAGCGAUGACGAGGGCAUGGAGGAAGACGCGGCGGAAGACGAAAUCCCCGCCGACGAGAUGGAAUGGCUGCGCCACGAUGCAGAGAAAGCCGAGUAUCAGCCCGCUCCGCCUCUGAAGAGGCCAGAACUCAAGCCAUUGCCAGAAAAGACACAGAAAGUCUAUGAAGUGUACAAGCGAAAUGGAUGGCCACACGAUCAUUUCACUGUCGAAAAGUGUCGAACAGAGCUUACAGCGCUGCAAGACGAAUGGGACAGAGCGCAAAAGGCAGAAUCAGACGCAAAAAGUCAGAAGAAGAAAGAGGACUUCAUGAAGAGAUUGACCCCAGAGCAACUCAAGAUGAUCGAGGAAAGGAAGAGAUUGGCCGAACAGCAGAGC